CCGGAAACUCCCGAGAAUGUCUCUCGCACAGACUGGCACUUUCUGAGAGUCGAACUCGAAGUACUACUCGACGAUACCACAUGACGGAAGUUUGAAGCUGCUUCAUGAACAUCGACGUCUCUGCAUCCAAAAUGCUUCAAAAUGCGCAUGCAAAUUCGGAUAUCAUUCAUUUUUCGACUGAACACCAUGCGCCAGUGCGGAGAGAGUCUGCUUGUUCCUGGGUUACUGCUCGUAUAGGCACCGGUGUCUGCUCGACGUUCCCCUCAGCUCAGCCCUGGUGGGAGUCAUGUUCUACCUCCCCUCCUUUCGCGCUAAACCAAUCCGUGACUGCCCCACUUACCCACUUACCAUGGUCUCUGCAACACCCAUGUCCCUUGUGUUGGGGAGGGGCGUGCUGUGCUUGGCGGAUUUGCUUUAGAUGUCGACACGUACACAAAUUGCACCCUCGCUCUCGAGAUCCUUUUCUUUUCAGUGUCACUUGGCGCUGUGGUCUUGCCGAGGCUUAUGACAUGCCAGUGCAACAACACAGCGACGAGUUGACUGCUCGAUGUUUCGGGCGAUCAUCGCCUGCCGCAAAAAACUUCAGUGUAGGGAGUUCCACACCAGUUUCGUCGGAGCACUCUUGUAUGCAGCCACAUCUCUGUUUUUAUUGUUCACGCGCCACGGCGCAUUGUCUUGGCUCGGUUUUGCGCUUGUUCCACUACGUUGUGACUACCAUUCUUCUACCGGUGCUUAGACCUCCACACUCCCACCUUCCACACCUUGCCACUAUACUUGUAUCUUUCAGUCUCGUAUAAAAGCUGUCAUGUUUCAUCCUCUCUCACUCAUCGUCUCUCACCACUGAAAGCUUCCAGC